AUCAUCACUCAAGAUAGUGCUAUAUAACAACCCCAGCAUCACUUAAACACGCACUUAACCGUUGACAGUCACAACUAAUCUGGUAAAAACACAAAAUGGGGCGAAAUGUCCUAGCUUUCCAUCUACUGCUCGCCUUGGCCUCGUGCGUCGCCGACUUACCAACCAUCUACGAGUACUACACGGGUGAUGGAAUCACGUCCGGGCUCGGGGUAGACCAACCCCAAUUCACCCUCAAUGGCAAAGAAAUUUUCAUUUAUAGUGGAGCUAUACACUAUUUCCGGGUUCCACCCCAACUCUGGAGGGACCGUCUUCGGAAACUUCGAGCCGCGGGUCUAAACACUGUUGAAACGUACGUAGCUUGGAAUAUCCACGAACCCAGAAGCGGUGUCUACGAGUUCGGGGAAUCUGGAACCGAGUUGCAAGAUUUUGGGAACAUUGGGAGGUUCUUGUCGAUUGCGCAGGAAGAGGAUUUGUUGGUUAUACUACGUCCGGGACCUUAUAUUUGCGCGGAGUGGGAAUGGGGUGGUUUUCCUAGUUGGUUGCUUCGGGAGAAUAUGAGAGUUAGAACCUCCGACGAAACAUACAUGAAGUACGUGGAGCGGUACUUUAACCAGUUGUUGCCAGUUCUUGCCGAGUACCAAUUCACGAACGGAGGUCCCGUUAUAGCGUUCCAAGUGGAAAAUGAGUACGGGUAUGCCGACGGUGACAAGGUGUACCUUCAACAACUGGUGGAUUUGAUGCGAAACAACGGUAUUGUGGAGUUGUUGGUUUCGUCGGAUGGUGCUAGCAGUGGUACUAGUGGUAGUCUCCCCGGAGUUUUAUUCCAAACUGCCAAUUUUGGUUCCGACCCGGCUGCUUCUUUCGGUGUCCUUGAACAACUCCAACCCGGGCAGCCUCUAAUGUGUAUGGAAUUUUACCCGGGAUGGCCUGACCAUUGGUCUGAGGAUCACCACACUACUGACCCUAGUGCCUUCAGAUCGAACUACGAAGCCACUGUGUCUUAUCCAGGGUCGGUCAACUUGUACAUGUUCCACGGUGGUACCAACUGGGGUUUCAUGAAUGGGGCUAACAACGGACCGGGUGAUAAUUCCGCGUUCCAAGCGAUCACGAGCAGUUAUGACUACGAUGCCCCUCUUACGGAAGCUGGUGACUAUAGCCCUAAAUACGAUAUAAUUAGAGAACUAUUGGCACAGUAUAAUCCGGUCAAAACACUAACUCCGGAUCCGCCUGAGUUGGUCGAGAGAGAAGUGUACCCAACUUUGGCACUCGAUGGUCAACUGAUUUUCAACGAUAUUCUUGCGAGGUCGAAUGACUCUAUAACAAGUGACACAACACUAUCGAUGGAGCAGCUGCCCAUAAACGACGACUCUGGUCAAAGUUAUGGCUACAUAACCUAUCGUCAAGAAAAUAUAGACAUUGCAGCUGGUUCCACGUUGACUAUUACAGGUCAUGUUCGUGAUACCGUCAUGAUUUUGUUAAACGGGGUUUUGAUUUCAAAUCGUUUGACCGGUAGUGACGAUUUCAACGAUUUUGGUUACUGGAGGAUGGAAAAUUCCACAAUUACUCUAACCACGGAGGAUUUGACAGGCGCCACUUUGGACAUCGUCAUUGAGAACUUCGGGCGCGUCCACUUUGGUAAUCUCUACCAACAAUUUAAAGGACUGACACAGGACAAUCGUGUCUAUUUGAACGACCAGGAAUUGACCUCGUGGGUGAUUUAUCCCAUGCAGUUCCACAAAGACUGGAUAAACGGUAUCACUGAUUGGAAUCCUGUGGAUCUAGAUUACGGGCCUGCAUUUUAUAAAGCGACUUUGACUCUGGAGGAAUCUGAAGAUGGGUACAGGGAUAGUUUUAUUGACAUGCGCACGUGGAACAAGGGGGUGGUAAUAGUAAAUGGGAUUAUUCUGGGACGGUACGUCUUCAUAGGUCCCCAACAAGCACUAUACUUACCUGGUCCAUACCUACAAGCAGGAGACAACGAAAUAAUCAUCUUCGAACAAUUCCAACCCGCAGCUGAAGUGAAAUUUUCCAAAGAUUCUAUAUUCAACACUCCAUAAACAUCUUCAAUAAUUUUCCAUGUAUUCCGAUUGUUUCACAAUAGAUGAUUGUUUUCGAUAAAAUCGUA